AUGGAGAGCAAUGUGUCCACAGGGAACUGCAGCCACCCGCAGAUGUCCUUCCAGUCCACGCUGUACGCCACCACGUACACCAUCAUCUUUGUGCCUGGGCUGCUGGCAAACAGCGCUGCCCUCUGGGUCCUGUGCCGCUUCAUCAGCAAGAAGAGCAAAGCCGUGAUCUUCAUGAUCAACCUGGCCAUGGCCGACCUGGCCCACGUGCUCUCCCUGCCACUGCGAAUAUACUAUUAUAUCAACCACACGUGGCCUUUUGGGAGGUUCCUCUGCCAGCUGUGCUUCUACCUGAAGUACCUCAACAUGUACGCCAGCAUCUGCUUCCUCACCUGCAUCAGCAUCCAGCGGUACCUCUUCCUCCUCCACCCGUUCAGGGCCAAGGGCUGGAAGCGCCGCUACGACGUGGCCAUCAGCGCCGCCGUUUGGCUCUUCGUCGGCGCCGCGUGCUUGCCGCUGCCCAUCGUGCGGACACCGGCCCUGUCCAACGCCACCAACACCUGCUUCUCGGACCUGGGCGUGAAGCAGCUGGCGCCGGGCGCCUCCAUCGCGCUGGUGACGGUGGCGGAGCUCUUCGGCUUCGUGCUGCCCUUGGCCAUCAUCGCGUGCUGCACGUGGAGGAUGCGGCGCUCCUUGCAGGACGGGUGCACCCCGCUGCAGAGCGGCGGCGAGAAGCAGCGGGCCUGGCGGAUGCUGCUCAUGUGCGCCGCCGUCUUCUUCGUGUGCUUCACCCCCUACCACAUCAACUUCCCCUUCUUUAUGAUGGUCAUCGAGAACAUCAUCAAGGACUGCGCCGUGCACCGCAGCGCGCUCCGCUUCCACCCCGUCUCCCUCUGCCUCGCCAGCCUCAACUGCUGCCUCGACCCCGUCCUCUACUACUUCUCCACGUCCGAGUUCCAGGACGAGCUGCUGCGGCUCCGCUGCGCUGCCCUGCGCUCCCGCCUGGGCAGCCCCGGCGGCCGGAUCCGCAGAAAAACGUGGAGAUUUCCACGCUUCGGAUUCUGGUCCCUCCCAAAGUUCUUACGUCGAAUAAACAGCAGGGAGAUGCCUCCAAUGCCCCCAGACGAGCUGUUGCUAGAGUCCAUCUCUUGA